GGCCGUCAUGCAAUGCGCAACGGCGCCGCGUCCACGGCAUCUUCGCUCCCGCGUGCGCCCCGAGCGCCGUCAUUGGAGCCGCUCGCCCCUCGCCCACCGACAGCGCUUGCUGUGCUGCGCUCGUCAGUGGGGGCCAUCGUGCAGCGCGCAUCACGCACGCGGCUGACGGCGUACGUGCUGCUGCUGUUCGUGUUCCCGCUGCUCUCGCUUGUCUUCCGCGUGCGGCGGCGCCGGCCCGCGGUGCGGCCGGUGGGGAACGGUGGCGGCGGGACGGUGGCGGAGGUGCGGCGUCGGCUGAGCGUGGAGGGCAAGGGCGUGGUGGGCCAGGUCGUGCUGCGGGUGUGGGAGGAGCUCGUCCGUGCGGUGGGGGACACUGUGCAUAUGGGCGGGCGGGGGCUGGUGUAGCCAGCUAGGGGCUCGCGGCUGCGGGCUGUGUUGUGCCAUGGGCCUGGUAGAUGUUCGUUCGCUCGUUAUCUGGAUCUUGUCUUCGUUUAGUAUGUUUAUGAUCUUCCGCUCUGCGGUAUCUAGUCUUGCACUGCGUCGCCGCGAUGCGAAUAUGACAUCCUUUUUUGUCAGAUU